CAAAAACAACAUGGCGUCAAAAUAGUGUCAAAACAUCUUUCGGCUGUAUUUUUUUCGACAGUUCUGUAUUUAUCAAUGAGUGAAAAAUAAUGAUUGUUUAAUUUACGGAUCUACAGUUGAAAACUGUUCGAAAAUGUUGAGUGGUGCUUAUUCUUCACAAUAUAAGGUCAUUGAAAGACAACAUGUGGAUACAAUCAAGACGCUGGCAGAAAACGAGAAAUCUGAUGCGAUAGCUAGAGCCAGAAAGCUGUCGUUUCAAACCAAUAAAAGGAGAAGGGCCCUUGCAAUCAAGAGGAAGACAGAGGCCGAGCGUGAGGAGAAGAGACGUCAGCAGAUCCUCGCCAAGCGACGCGAGAAACAGCAGGAAGCAACAGAGAAGUUCCAGAGAUCCCAUGUGACCAGUCGCCCCAACAGUGGAACCAGCAAUACUAGCAACAUCAGCAAUGCGAUCCGAUGGUCACCACGGCGAUCCACAUUCCAGCUGGAGGAUGCUCUCAAGGCUGUCCGGGGCAGCCCAGGAGGGUCCCGCACAGGCUCUGCCAAGGUCCACACGCCCCACAAUGCCAGUCCACAGCAUCGGUCUCCCACUUACUACCGCCAGAACUCUGACCCGCUGAGCAAGCCAUACUUCAACAAGUACGCUCACCCGUCCAUCAAUGGUCAGAGCCCCCAUUUGAACGGAGCGUUGGACCACUCAGAGGAGUUGCAUAAUAAAAGCUUGCGUAACUAUAAUAACAGUAGGACUCUCUUUGAACAGCAGUUAGAGACUUAUCAGCAGACAUUGAUAGAGCAGCAGCAGAAGUCACUGCGGGAGUUUAAUCAGCAGGUAAUGCAAGAACUGGAGACCAAUGGGAAUGGAGUGGGUGAGGAAUUGAGACGCAGUGAGAGCCUGUCGUCUGUCGAUAGUCUUGAGGAGGAGACAGGGUCUAAUGAUACGCUACGAGACAGUUGUGAGCUAGACACAUUCUUGCCUGAGAAACAGAGUAAUGGUGUUCACUCACUAAGUGGAAAUAUUGUAAACGGGCAUCAUGACACGAAAACAGUGUCGUUUGCAAAUACUGAUAAAGAUUCUGUGAGAGUAGUAGGUUCUGUUAAUAAUAAUCCACAUUUUGCUGCAAACUCACAAACUCCUCAGAAUAUUGAUUCAUACAAUGCACAAAUCCAGGCUUUAUUGACGCCAAAGACUGAUCAGCAGAAACAGCAGUUUUUUGCACAGCGGCAAAAGGAAAUUCAACAGCAGUUACUGGAGCAGGAGCAGAGAAAACAGCUGGAGCAACAGCAAAAGAACUUGCAAGAACAGCAGCGUAAGCAACAGUUGCUUCUUCAGCAACAGUUUGAGAAGCAUCAGCAAGAACAGCAGGAACAGGUGAGACUUCUUGAGCAGCAGCAUCUGCAACAACAGCAGCAGCAACAACAGCAGAGCAAAAUGCCCACACAGGUACCAGAGGAGGAGGGUCAAAGACCCAAAGCCCAGCUGAAAGCCUGGGCCACUCCCUCACCCCACCCCCCUGCCACGCCCAGCUCUACUAGCACCCCUGGCCCAACCCUGGUGACUCAUGCCAGCCCAUAUUCUGGGAAGAACACCCACACAAACAUGACCGUGCCACUGUACGAUAGGACAGUAAGUUUAGAGGACAGGACCCCUGGGAGCAAUGGGUCAAAAGUGGUGAUGUCUGGUGUAACAAGUGGUCUUUCAUUGAACAACACUUACAAUAACAAUACUUCUGUGGUUAAUAGCAAUAGAGCGGGUGAAACUGUUCAGCCUUUAGUAACAAAGUUUUCCGGUGCUCAAGACAACAGUCUGUCCUUUCUUGAGACAGUGACAAACGGUCUGAUGAAGGAUUCCCCCAAGGUAACCUACACAAACGAUGUUUCAACCAAUUCAAGUUCCAGCAAAGUUCCACCUAGUCCAAGUUCAGCCACUCUUAUUUCAACAAAUCAGACAACAAGGCCAAGUUCAAAUUCAUCAAAUGCCACUGUGGCAAAUUCAAACAAUACAUCAAAACCUGUGUCUGUGGCAACAGUCAUAACUAAACCUCCACCAAAUCCAGCUUACUAUGGAAAUUCAUAUGGUGCUGCAUAUGCUGCUAAGCAGCAACAACAACAGCAACAACAACAACAGCAACAACAACAUAAUCCCAACAACAGUGUUCAAUCAAAAUUUGAAGCCGAAGCGGUAUCCAAGGCUACCAGCACUAUGAGAGCUGAUGUAACUAUGGCAACCAAUUUGAAGCUGGUCCCGGGGGUGAUACAAUGGGGGGCAAGCACUGGAGCCGGGGGUCAGAACAUGAUGACCCCUAACGCAGCCCUGAACGGGGAUGACAUAGCAGACACAGACUCUGUCAGCACUAUAUGUGACGACAGGGAUACAGAACCUAAAGAGGUGAAGAGCAUCUUGAAGCCGUUGCCCAGCAAGAAGGGAGGCAUACUCAAAAAGUCUGGUUCAACUGGGGACAUGAAGGACAUACGAGACAGUCUCGAGAUCACGCGGGUACAUCUUCAGACCAGCGCAGAAGAAAAAGAACAGCGGAUGUUAAGAGAAAAAGAACGAAAAAAAAAUCUAGCUCCAUCGCCAUCUAAGAAGAACGUAAGGUUUGCAGACAUGACUUAUGAUGAUGAGCCAGAACACAUAGAGUCAGAUGAGAAAUUGUUUGUUCAGCGAGACGACAGUGGUAUUGAUAAGCCACCUCGGCCAGUUUCCGCAGUAACACCGAAAAUUAAUGGCUCCAAGACGGAUGGCAAACCUCCUCGCGCCACAAGUUCCAACCAGCGCACAAGCACAAUACCCCGACCCCCAAAGAUGCAAAUUGUGAAACCCCAGGCUGCGGCACACAUUAUCACCCAGGGGACACAAAACGGUGACCCUUUAGCUGGAAAUGAGAAAUUCACGGUUGUCAAUAGCAAUUUUAUAGAAAAGGUGCCAGCUAUGGCACGAGCUAAUCAGACUGCUUUGACCGUGGUACCAGUAAGUGUUUACACCUCAUCAACGAACUAUGCCCGCCCAGAGGUCCAGCAAAAAGUGAACUACGCUGUGUCAAGUGUUGUCAUGCCUAGAAGUGAAAGUGCCCCGUUUCUGUACAAUGGAGGUUACAAAACGGGGCCGGCUCAGGGCUCUAUGCCUCAGGGGAGUGUCAAUGGGCCUGUACAGGCGACAACUAAUUCCAAAUAUGAAGAUGCUGUGUAUGAUGACAAUGGUUUGAGGAUUGAUAGAACACCAACAGACGAUGAGAUCAACUUUCUGUGGGAUAAGUUACGGACUUGUCUUCACAGCAGAAAUUCUUCUGCAACCCCCGAGAAGGGACCAACCUCAGAAGGUCAACACGUUGGCCCAAGGCAGGCCGCCCCAGUCGCUCACACUUACAUAGACGGGAAUGCUUUAGGCCAGUUUAACAGCUUGACUCGUGUGGCAGCCAACCAGCCGGGUGGGGGUCCUAUGAUACGCAGGCAGAAUUCCCUGGACAGCGCAAGCAAUUCUUACACUCGACGCUACGGUUUGCUGCAGCAGCGCAAACAGCAGCCAAAUCCCAACAGUUUGAAGUCACGUCAGAUGCAGCAGGGGUAUACGGUGUUUCAGGCCCCUGUUCAGAGCCAGAAUGAACCUCAGUCUACAAAUGUUGUCUUACAAAAUGGCACGGAUGUGACAGAGAGUAUGGCAGGAUUUCUGACGGCUGAACAGUUGUCUGAGCAGUCAGUGUCCGAGAGUCGCAUACAGCAGGCAAUAGACGAGGCUCAAGCCAGGCAGCAGGCAUUCAACGCAGCGAGACCCUCACCUAAAGUGAAGUCUGCAUUGUCUAUAGAGGAGCAACGCCUUUUACAGUCCCUAGAUCGGCUGAAUGAACAACUGCAAGUAACUGAGGGUACUAUACCAGCUGAUGGGUCUCCAGCCCUUGCACCCAAUUUUAAUCAUCAACAACAGCAACAACAUCUUCAUCAUCAGCAACAACAGCAACGGAAUGUUGCUCAUCCUAUGGAGAAUGAAACUGCAGUAGCCAAUGCAGUAGCCAAUGAAGAAACAGUCAGUGGGUUCAAAGGUCAUGCGCCACUGAGUGCCCAGCGCAGAGUCAUCGAGACAGGAAAUCAUAAAGCAAAACUCCGUAUAACAUCCGCAGCGUUGAAACGUAACAUCCACAGACAGCAGUAGCACCCAACUAGAGAUUUCAGAAAUUUUACGAUGAUACCUUGAUGAAGUGAGGUCUUUUCUGGAAUACUUUCUGACUGCAAUAACUUCAUUCGACUAUUUGUUAUCCUUUUUAGCAAUUAUUCACAUAUAUGUUUCUUGUCUGUCGAUUGACUCAUAAUGCCUAAAUAACCUGAUGACUCGGUUACAGUGGAUUUUCUGCUGGUUACUGUAUAGAAUGAGCACCUCAGAAUUGCAAUAAAGACACAAAAAAUUAAGGAAAUCUGCAAAAUCAAAUAAUUAACCCUUUGCAUGCUGGGUAAUUUGUCUUCUGCUAAAAUGUCGUCUGCAGAAUUUCUAAAAUUAGCAUUUUCUUCGAUUUUUUUCAAAGAAUACUAUCAGAAUAGCAAACAGUUUGGAUCCAGAUGAGACGCCACGUUCUGUGGCGUCUCAUCUGGAUCCAAACUGUUUGCAAAGGCCUUUAAAAUUCAGCUCCAGCGCUUUAAGGGUUAAAGAAAACUGUGAGGCUUAAUAAAAUUGAUUUAAAUCAUUUAAAGCUUAAAUUGAUUCAGAUAUGCUUGAUGGACAUGCUGUAUAGAUACAGUAGUUCAGUAUCUUUGCAUUUAUUUCUGUGAUACAUGUACGUAUUUUUGUCUCAGAAACUCUGAAAGAGCUGUUCUGAAAAUUGAGCAGUGAUCUUUUGUUAUUAUUAUCAGAGCCUUCUGCUUACCUCAUGUAAUUGUUAAACUAUGGUUGUAAAUUCUUGCAACAAAGCCAACAUGUCUCCAGUUCUAUUAUAUAUGGGCCGUGCUCUUUGAAAAGGGGGUUUAAUGCAUUUGCGUAAAGUGCCGUCCGAGAUUAGCCUGUGCAGUUUGCCCAUGAAAAAGAUUUUUGCGAAGAAGAGACUUUCUGUAAAAGAAAAAUAUCAUUAAAGCGGAAAGUGUCGUCCCUGAUAAGCCUGUUCAGUCUGAGUCAACACUACGCACAUGCAUUUAACCCCCUUUUCACACAGCACGGCCAAAAUGUUACAAUCAUUCAUUAGAAGCUUUAGUAUUUAUCUACUGGAAUAGACAGGUAAUUAUAAUAAAAUUUGAAACUAAUAAACUAGUGAUUCUUUAACCAGUUAUUUUAAUGUGAUUUUUAGCGAGGCUGUUUUCGGAGAAAACCCGAGCUAUUGUCAUAGCCAGCGUGUCCGCCGUAGGCGUCGUGCUAAAACCUUAACAUUGGCUCUAAAAUCAAAGUGCUUCCACCUACAACUUUGAAACUUCAUAUGUAGAUGCACCUUGAUGAGUUCUACAUGCCACACCCAUCUUUGGGUCACUAGGUCAAGGUCAUUGUGACCUCUAAUAUCAAACUUUAACAUAGGCUCUAAAAUCAAAGUGCUUUCACCUACAACUUUGAAACUUAAUAUGUAGUUGCACCUUGAUGAGUUCUACAUGCCACACCCAUUUAUGGGUCACUAGGUCAAAGGGCAAGGUCACUGUGACCUCUAAUAUAAAACUUUAACAAAAACCUUAACAUUGCCUCUAAAAUCAAAGUGAUUCCACCUACAACUUUGAAACUUAAUAUGUAGAUGCACCUUGAUGAGUUCUACACGUCACACCCAUUUUGGGUCACUAGGUCAAAGGUCAAGGUCACUGACCUCUAAAAAAAUAAUAAUUCUGACCAGCUUUUGCAGCCGAGCGUGGCACCCGUUAUGCGGUCCUCUUGUUUAACAGAUGUUUAUUUUACAUAUAAUGUUUAUUAGCUCACCUGAGCACAACGUGCUCAUGGUGAGCUUUUGUGAUCCCCUUUUGUCCAUCGUGCGUUGUCCUUUGUGCGACGUCAACAUUUGCCUUGUUCACUCUCUAGAGGCCACAUUUAUUGUCCAAUCUUCAUGAAAUUUGGUCAGAAGAUUGGUCUCAAUGAUAUCUUGGAUGAGUUCGAAAAUGGUAACAUUUGCUUGAAAAGCAUGGCUGCCAAGGGGCGGGGCAUUUUUCUUUAUAUGGCUAUAUAUGGCUAUAGUAAAAUCUUGUUCACUCUCUAGACGCCACAUUUAUUGUCCAAUCUUCAUGAAAUUUGGUCAGGAGAUUGGUCUCAAUGAUAUCUUGGGUGAGUUUGAAAAUGGUAACGUUUGCUAGAAACACAUGGCUGCCAAGGGGCGGGGCAUUUUUCCUUAUAUGGCAAUAUAUGGCUAUAGUAAAAUCUUGUUAACUCUCUAGAGGCCACAUUUAUUGUCCGAUCUUCAUGAAACUUGAUCAGAAGAUUCAUCCCAAUGAUAUCUUGGACGAGUUCCAAAGUGAUGCCGGCUGGUUGAAAAACAUUGCCGCCAGGGGGCGGGGCAUUUUUCCAUAUAUGGCUAUAAAUGGCGAUAGUAAAAUCUUGCUAACUCUCUAGAGGCCACAUUUAUUGUCCGAUCUUCAUGAAACUUGGUCAGAAGAUUUAUCCCAAUAAUAUCUUAGAAAGGUUCGAAAAUGAUGCCGGUUGGUUGAAAAACAUGGCUGCCAGGGGGCUGGGCAUUUUUCCUUAUAUGGCUAUAGUAAAGCCUUGUUAAAACUCUAGAGGCCACAUUUAUUGUCCAAUCUUCAUGAAAUUUGGUCAGAAGAUUGGUUUCAAUUAUAUCUUGGAUGAGUUCAAAAAUGGUAACGUUUGCUUGAAAAACAUGGAUGCCAAGGCUUUUUCCUUAUGGCUAUACAU